CUACGGAUCGUUCAGAACAAGAAAGAUGAAUUUCUCCCAGCACGACGAAACUGCAGCAGCAGCAAUCAAUGAACACCCAGAGCUGUUCAUACCCGUCGAUUCGCAAAAUGAAUUAUUUAUACAGAUAGACUCGCCAAUCGAUUUCGAUAUUCAAGACGAAAAUUCUGUACAAAACCAAACAGAUUCUCAAAGGGAUUACGCUGAUUUGUACAGUCACGAUUCAACUUUCCCGGGUGUUUUAACACAAUUGCUGCAAGGUUCAGACACUCUAGAACUCUACAAAAACUGGGAGGAUCCAGAACCAACCACAACUUCUCAGAGCAUCAGGGGGUAUUCUCCAGCAGCCUCUCAGAGCAGCCGAGGGCAGCCUCGGAGCAUCACGGGGUAUUCUCCAGCAGCCUCUCAGAGCAGCCGAGGGCAUUCUCCGGCACCCAGCCAGAGCAGCCGAGGGCAUUCUCCGGCACCCAGCCAGAGCAGCCGUGGGUAUUCUCCAGCGCAAUCGCCGGCGUCUUCUAAUUCUAGACGCCGUUCAUCCCCCAGGUGGGGAACUUUACCGACAUCGCCUCAUUCUGAGCGAGGAUCUCGGCGAAGAAGUCGUUAUUCACCCCGAUAUUCCCAUCAGCCUGACCACGACCGGAGACAUCGCGAAAGACUGGUUCUGUUGGGUGACGUUCUUCGCUGGGCAUUUGAACAAUUUAUAGAAUUAGAGUCUCCUGGGUACAAUUCCGUACCCGACAUGAGUUUACAUUUGCUGCAUCUGUAUACUUUUUCCAAGGUUCUACCCAGAAAUUCAGGAAUAGGUUUUAUAUUUACUUUUUUUUUCUUUCGAUAAGAAUAACAUUGAAUGCAAAUUUUUAUUUUCUGUGCUUAUAACUGUAACCUUUGCUUAAAUUUAGGUCAUGCCUGAAAACGGGUCUAGCGGCAGCAGCAAAGAACGCGACAGCAGUGACAGCAGCAACGACAGUGAAACAGACAGCUUCCGUGAACGCGACAGCAGUGACAGCAGCAACGACAGUGGAACAGACAGCUUCCGUGAACAUCCUGUAGGGCGCAAAGGUAGGAAAAGGCCGUCCAGUGAAAACCUGAGACUAUUAAAAGAGAUGUCUGAUAACCUUGAAUAUUCUAUAAAACCCCCUAAAAUAC